GUAAGAAUCUCAGGGAGUAACGCUCCAGAUAGACUCGCCCCGCAGUCGAUCGUCAAGGGACACCAUGAAUACACGGAGAGCCAGCGAGUCGAGCGGCGCAGCUGCCGCCGGCAGCAGCCGAGCGGCGCGCCCAUCGAGACUUCGGGAGACGGCGAAUUAUGAAGAGGUACCGUCUGAUGUCGACAUGGAAGACGACGAGUUUCGUUCUGAGGAUGAAGAUGAGGAAGAUAUCGAGGCGGAGCAAGCCUCCGUUGGCAAUCCAGAUGAUGGAGAUGUAAGGGAAGACGAAGGCGAGCCAGAAGAAGAGUACGACGACGAGGAAGAAGAGGAAGUGGAUGACGAAGAUGGCACACAAGACGGUUUAGACAUUGGCACCGCAACAUCAUCAAGAAUCCAAACACCGACACCAGCAGCAGUAAAGGCGGCGCCAAACAGCUCGCCGAUUAAGUCUGUUCGCAGUUCCAGAAGGGGAGAUGACGACGAUGACGGGUCAUUAUCAGAGCUGAGCGAAGAGGCAGGGGACGACGAGGAAGACGAAGAGGAGGAAGACGAAGAGGAGGAAGACGAAGAAGACGACGUCGAAGCAGAUGAGCUUGCUUCGGAUGACGGCGAACCAGAGGACGAAGAAGAUGAAGACAUGGAAGAAGAGGGGCGCGGCGCUCCCAGCGCCCUUACAGGCGGCAACGGCUCGAAAUCCCUCAGGAUUAAGCUCAAAGUAUCGCCGAGCACAAGCAAGCCCAAAUUCAAGCCGAGCAGCAGCAAGUCGAAAUCGAACAAACGAAGGCGGCGCGACGAACUCGACGGCUCGGAGGACGAGGAUUUCGUAAAUGUGGAUUUGAGCGCUUCGCUCCCAAAGACGGCUCGGCAGCUUGCCAAGUCUUCACGAGCGGAAGGCUCGUCGUUCGGGCUAGAAGAGUUACCGGCUGGAGCGUCCAAGUCGAAAUUCAAGGGACUCUCCGAGAGCGAGAUUGCGUUGAAGCGGUCCGAGAUGUCGCGUCGGCGCAAGAACCAGAGCGACCAGAAGCUCGAAGAGGAGAAGACAGAGACGAUCAACCGGCUGCUCAAGAAGCAGGUGUCGCGCUCGCGCAACAAGCUUGCCGGCGGCGAAGGCUCUGGCGACGAGGGUGGCGACGGGACGCCGACCUCAGCGGGAGCAGGCCCGGCAGCGGGCGGGGUUGCCGGUCUAUUAAAGCUAUCGCGCAAGGAGAUCAAGGAGCAGCCGACGCCAUUCUUGCGUUACAUUUCCAAUGGCGAGGGAGCAACGCUCAGCCUGCCCAUCGAAGAAGCCGGCAAAGGCGUAUAUGCAGAGGCGUGGGAGCACAUGUUCGCGCAGCGGUCGCCGCAACGAAGAAAGCUUGUCGAGGAGAUCGGGCAAUCGUAGCGCAGUGCCGCUGCAUGCCACGCUACCUUCGGGGCGGCACAUUUUUGUGUACUUUCUUUGCAGGAACAUGCGCAGCGUUGCUACAUUUACCACGCCACACUUGUACAGAAGCUCUCAGUCGAGGCGGG